CGGUGGUGUUUGAUCGGCAUGUCUUCUGCCUAAGUUCACAUUCCAACAACACCUCGACAUCGUUUAGUCGAUAUGAGUGGCUUCAGAGGGGUAAUGAAAGAGGGCUGGCACCCAAAAGGGCGAGACGGAAAAAAGGAAGGUUGGAAGAAUGACUUCAAAGGCAUCAAUCAAGUGGCAGGAUGGAUGGGCAAAGGAAAGGACAAAGACGAGCGUGAAGAGCGUGUUGCUGCACCGCUCUCUUCCCUGAAGGAUCCUGCCUCGUUUGGCCCUCCACCGAAGCACAUCAAGUACCACGGCGCCGGGGCGCUUCCCAACGAACUCACGCCCGAUCGCAGAGGCUUGGGUGCACCCUUAUCACAAGAACAAAUUCAUCAGCAGAAUGCACGACAGCAGGAAGAGGAGCAAGCUCGGCAUGAUGAGGCUCAGAAGCCCGCAGCACCUCCUCUACCAUACCGAGUGAAUCGAACCGGACUAGACACUUCCAACCUCCCGCCGCCCCCAGUCAGGCGCGUGGAAUCCCCAGCAGAGUCCGUGACAUCUGCAAGCUCCAAACCGAAACCCAGCGUCCCGCCGCGACUGCCAUCUAGGGCCAGUUCAACGCUGUCGUCGCAGCCGCCUACUCCACCUCCCGCCUAUCCUGCACAGCCGCAAACCACCAGACCUCUCGACGGAUACCUGAAUCAGACCGCCACUUCCAACCUCUCCCGCGCCGGUAUCUCUGUGCCUGCUCUUGGGAUUGGGAGCGACAGCAGUCCCUCAGGGGCUGCAUCGCCGGUCCCAAUCGGCCAAGCUCCCGUGAAUGAGCUUCAGUCCCGCUUUUCUCAGAUGCGAACUACAUCCACCUCUCCAGCUCCUCCCCCGCCGGCACGGGGAAGCAUCUCCAGUGAUGGACCAUCACCUGGCCCUACCGCUCAUGCGCGGGCUGGAUCUGCGUCGCUCAACGACUUCCGUGAGCGCCAUAGCGACAAGAUCGAUGCAGGCAAACAGAAGCUUAAUGGGCUCAAUGAGAAGUACGGAAUCUCGCAGCGGGUCAACAAACUCUUUGAUGAUAAGAAGACCCCGAGUGCACAGAUGCCCCCAGUGCCCCCGCACCCGGUUACACAUCGUUCAUCUUCAAGCAUUGACUCGCUGGGCCAAAGAAAGGCUCCUCCACCGCCUCCGCCUCCGAAGAAGGCGGAGAUGCGGUCAGCUCCCGUCAACAGCACGGGCUCAGCUCCUCCUCCUGUUCCAUUCAGUACCAAACCCCGCUGAGCGGAGAGUAACCGAAUCGGAUAUAUAGGUAACUUCGGUGGUUGUGUCUACGUGACAAACUGCUUGCCGCUACGCUACUCUUGUUGAUUCAGCGAAUCACGGCAUACAGUUGCAUAUCCUCGUUCCCCUCUACUGUAUACAUUUAACUGUACAUAUUUAGCUGCGGCACGUUAGAAAGAACAUCCAUGACACACCAUGCA